UCCUUCGGAAUGGAAUGAUAGUAGACACACCACGACCAACGUCCUCAGUAUCGCCAUCCCUCGUGUUAGCCUCGAAACCACUCCUGUGUGGUACACUGUAGCAGUAUCAGGGCCAGGCAGAGUGCUGCGUUGGACGGUCCGCCGUCGGUAUGCGGACUUCCAUGCUCUCCACUGGGCCAUCAUCUCUCUGUUAGAAGGACCAGUGAGGCUACCACCCAAGCGGUACUUGCCUUGGCGAGCUCAUGACCCUAUUAUGGUUGAGGAGAGGCGUGUGGGGUUGGAACGAUACCUACGUCAAGUCUUGCUCAUGCGGCGGGUAUAUGAAGACAACCGUGUGUGGCACUUUCUCGAGGCCUCUGCUGAGGUAUCUAUAAUCGUACGGUAUGCAUGGUCGAAGGACGUGAAGUACUUGAAGCUGCUUUGCCCGCUUUCCCUAGAGGCCUCAUUAGCUCCUUCGGUCGCCUCAUGCCGGCCCGUCAUACGAACACUGCUCGAGCAUGUUGAUGCUGGAGACCCCUCUGUGGCUGGGGCGGCCCUAGCUGUAUUGGGCCAAGCUGUUGGCACUCGGGGUGGCAGUAGAUUGAUCUCUGACGAGGGUGGAGUACGAGUGCUUAUGAACGCACUGGGGCGGACCUUGUCGGCUACAGCAGUAGAAGAUGUACUCCUCCAUCUCGUACGCUCCCAUCCGGAAUCCAUGUUUCUCUACUUCCAAGUGGAUGGUGGCCUCAGCUGUAUGCUGGAGAAGCUCUCAGGCGGAGCGGAAGCGGCAGACAUUUCCUUGUGCAUGGCUCGAGCCCUGGUCAUUGCGGUCGCCGCUGACCCGGACUUGGAGAUCGCUUUGACCGACCGCCAGAGUUCAGGUCUGCAGCUACUUGAGGCCCUCAUGGCCGAGGACGACCUGUCUACGAAAUGCAUAACAGGGUUGAUCAUUUCGGUGCUGCUCCGUCGGGGGAAUGCGGUCCUUUUACCGCAUCGCGACCAAUUGUGGCGCACUCUUGGCGAGCAAGUGAAACGUGUUGAAGAGGUCGGUGGCACUUCAGACGAAGUGUCACUUUUUGAGACACUCGAUGCGGUCCUUGAUGAAACGAUGGAGGCGUUCAUCCGAACACUCCUCUCCGACAAUGAUAUCAUCACUGACCUCACAUGCAAUCUCCUUGUGGUGUACUUCCGAGGACCGCUGUUGGAGUUGCCAGUACAAGAGGAAGCUCCUUUCACGGCUUAUGCUCGGAACGAGCGCUGCUGGGGGCGUCUCUUUGAUACGGCAGUCGAGAGGCUGCGGUGGCUCGUGGAUCACCAUGGGAAUGUGGCAGCUAGCGAGGCGCUGCUGGCUUGCCAUGGAUGGUGUGAAUGCAAGAGCGUAUCAGAGCAGACCUCGGAGACCCGUCUACGGUGUGUGGAAUUGACCUGUAGGGGCGCCCUGGCCGAGAAGCAUGAACAGCUAGCGGACUCGUGCAAACUAUGUGAAGAGACAGUGCAAGCACAGGAGGGUGACGUGAGGCGGAGGGGAACCACGAGGGAAGGCCUUGACAAGGCAGUCGUCUCCCGACUGCUUGAUGCCUUUGAUGCCCUCGAACGGACACAGGAGAGGCUAACGGCUUCAUGGGAAACGGCUAGUAUGGCCACUGGUGACAGCCGCAGGGCCACGGAUGGACUGCUUUUGACCAGAAGGAAGCUGCUAACGAUGAGUCAGCGCAUGCGGGAGAAAGAUAUCCACUCGUUGGCGCGCGAACAGGCUGAGGUGGCGAGUGCUCAGCGUGUAGUCGUGGAUGCUGAGGAUCAGCUCGGUAAACACACGUCAGUGAUGGCCGAUGCGAAGAGGCUCCACAAGAUGGCACUGCAAGCGCUGUCUGCCUCAGCAGAGUUGGUGGCCCGCGCCAAUGCCCGCUUGGCUGAUAUCAAAAACAAACUGGCCAUAGCACGGGAUAGGCUUGCUGGGGUACCUGCACGGACGGCUCAUUGUUUGAGAGCAACGGAGGCGGCUCAAGCGGAGCUCCACGCGGCAGAAGUCGAGGCCAGGAAUAGAAGCUCUGAGGCUGACAACUCAGCUAACACCGCGGACAGGGUGGUUGCCGAGCUGAGCGAUAUCGAGGCCAUACGCGUUAACAUUAACGGUCUUAUAUAUCGUGCGAAUGCCGCCCAAACAGAUGAUGAAGUUGACGUCAUCUGGGCUGAGAUGCCGUCGUGGUUGACAGAUGAGGGGCAGUCUAGUCGUCCCACUGACUUGGGAGAACUGCGGGCCCGAGUUGAGGAAUGCAGGCUAGUAGUCGAUAAUAGGAUCCUGGCUUUACGAAAGGAAGCUGCGGUUGCCCGAGACCACGCUGAAGCUGCUAAGGAGCUAGAAUCCCACGCUAGAGAACAAGUGGGAGUCCUCCAGAAGCGUUGUUCUGAGCUAGAGGUGGAGUUGGCUGAGAUCAGUGAUGUUGGUGCCCUGGAGAAGCGGGUGAAGGAGUUGCAGGAAGCGGAGAGUAGACAACUCGCUGAUGUGGACCAAUGCAAAGCGGAACGAGAGAGUAGAGCAUUGGAGCUAUCAGAGCAGAAGACUCGAGUGGAAGUUGCUACUAAGAGGGUUGAGGAGGCAGUCGAGGCUCUUAGGGAAGCCGAGGUCGAUCGUGACUCUAAGUCGGAAGUGCUAAGGGCAACAGCCUUGAAGACAGAUGCGAGCUUGAGAGAGAUAGAGUCACUCACAAGUCGCCUCGUGUGCCAAACCGUGAGGACUAAACUCGAGACCAUCAUGGCGGCUCAGCAUGGUUGUUCAGAGGUGGAUGUAUGUUUACGAGCAGAAGAGGAGACGAGGGAUGAGGCUCUGGGCCGGAUCAGCGAAGUGCAGACACAUCUCGUUGAGCUCAGCAAAGUUAUCAGAGCGAGUGUAUCAAAACCUGAUUCCGGCGCAGGGGAGCACACGACCGUUUGGAAUCCGCAAUGAUGGUAUUCAUGAAAUUUCCGCUGCAUUUUUGUUUCAUAAUUUUGUAGUCUUUUUGAAUACCCAUGGACUGC